UUCUUUGGUAGACCAUGUUGAAAGAAAUAUCUUGAGAUAUCUUGGCCUUGCCUUGAGGCAACAGAUUUCAAACCGUGUGAUUUAAAUCACAUUGUUUGUUGUAUGAUUGUAAAUUCAGUUAGUACUGAGGAGUUUUGAGAGUAAUUUACAAGACAACACUAAUGAUGUCCAGGGUCACACCGUGGGCCACGCGAUGACAGGGAUGUUCAGCGGUGGCGUGGUUAACGAUGCUAUAGCGGCCCAGCCUGCUCCUGCCCCAGCUGCUGCUGCUGCACCAGCUGGCGCGCCAGCGUGUGCGUUUGAGGUUCAACAGUUCCUGCAGUGCGCGCAGGGACAGAGCGACCUUUCACUGUGUGAGGGCUUCAACGAGGCGCUGCGCCAGUGCAAGAUAAACAAUAAGCUGG